GCCCGUUUCAAAUGAAAAUGUUAUGUUUGGCCAACCUCCACUGUCGAGAAAUCUUUGAGCCGUCCUCCACUUCUGUCGUCACUCAACUCGUUGACAACUUUGAUCCGCAUCCUCUCGACUCCAACCUCACCUCCCCCGCCAUGUCCCGAGUCGCGCGCGGAGAAUUCACAGAGGUCGCCGACUCGAUCCUCGAGUCCCCCGAGGGGAGCGAGUACGGCGGCGACACGAUCCCCGCCGAGGCCGACGCCGGCGCUCGCGACGCGCCAGGCCCGUCGAGCAUGUACGUGCCGCCGAGACGGGAUCCGCGGCCCGGGUCGCCCGUGUUACCCGACCUGCAGAGCCGCCCAUUCCCGCCCGACCUGGACAUGGACGACGCCGAGGAGGACGAGAUCGUUGCCCGCCUGCCCGUCUACCUCUCGACCGCGAUCAACCCCGCCCUCCAGAUGUUCCAGUACCCCCUGCAGCACCGCUCGCUGUCGGUGCCCCAGUGGGCGGCGGAUCGCGGCAAGCGCAUCACGGCGCGGAUGAAGGAGGGUGUUGGGCGCGUCGAGAUCGAGAUCCCCGUCGACGCCGACCCCAAGGUCUGGCGCGAGGAACGCGCCAAGGAGCUCGACUUUGUGCCCGACGUUGCCAACGGCCACGCUGAAGUCGACGGUGGAUACCGCCGUCCCGAGGAACGUGAGAGGCGGGCCAAGAAGGACAAGGAGCCCAAGUGGGGUGACAAGAUGCGUCUCCGCUCCGAAGCUGUCCCCGUGUCUUCUGCGGCGACGUACUUUUCUGGUAUCAUCCAUGAUGGCGCGCUGCACCUCCAUCCCGUGAGCCGUGUGAGCCAGUUCCGCACUGCGCUCAACUACUUCGACGACCACGACAUCCGCAACCGUGGCGGCACCGUGAGGCGUGAGGACGACGAGGAGAAGAAGAAGGCUGCAGCGCGGCGUGAGCCCCAGCCCAAGAGUAUCGACGAGGAGAAGAACGAUGGGUCAGGCUCGCUCAAGGACUUCCGCAACAAGAUGUGGUCGACGCAGCAGCGCGAAGAGGAGGACAAGUGGGUCCCUUACGAGUUCCACGAGGGCGCCGAGGACGAGAAGGUCAUUGAGAGCCUCGAGCAGCUCCUCCUCCCAGAGGACAGGCGCGAGAUGCUCGAGUGCAAGUCGCGCGGCCUCGACUUCCUAAACCGCGAGUAGUAGGCAUUGUUAUAGACGCGGGUAGACGCAUGUACGCAUAUGUUUUUAGGGUCAGAGUUGAGCAGAUG